UGAAGUUGCUCAGUGAUGUUGCAAGGCUUUCUGGGGUUACAAAUCAGGAACAGAUGGGAAAGAUAAACAGCCUUGCGCAAGAAAUCUCCACAGUCCGGACUUGCAAACUGAACCAGUGCAGUGCGUUUAGUUUGUUCGGCACAGAUUUCUGACACAGCAGAGCAGAUAUGUAUAUUAUAACUAUCGUGGCACUCCUUUUUUUUUUAACAAUCUCUGAGGGUAUCAGUCUGGGGAAUUGGGGAGGGAUUACACAUUGUCGAUGCGUCGGCAAAGAGAAAAAGCCAAUUGGACGUUACAUAGGAAGGGUGGAGGUGAAGCCUGCAGGCCCCCACUGCGAAGAUAUAGAGAUUAUUGCCACUCUUAAAAAGAAUGGGCAGCAGAUUUGUCUGGACCCCAAUGCUCCUUGGGUCAAAAGAGUGCUCAAGAGGAAACCGACAGGGCAGCAGGGGCGGACUGGAACUACAAAUCAGCCCGGGACUCUCGACCGGCCCACUUCGGUACCGCCGGCCCACCGCGGUACCGCAAGUACAUACCGCUAGUAAAUUGUCGACGGGGGGGUAGACAAUUUACUAGCGGUAGACAUUAAGGGUAAAUAAUGUCUACCUCCGGGCCGGUGGACUUGUAUUAUCACUGGCCCCACCAUUGUAACCACUGGCCCGGAGCAUUCAUCCAAAAAAAAAUCGACUAAUAAUGAAGAAAAUUAACACAUUUUUUGCAAUGGUAAUUUAUGCACUAACUACAUUACUACUUGUAG